AUGAGCGCAACCACCACUGUCACGCAGACCUCCACGAACACUGCAGAGAAUGUGCUACGCCUUUUCCCCGAAGUCAACACCAGCCUGAUUGGCGCCGCACGCAACAGCGCAAGCAGCGACGCGGACUUGGAGGGCUAUGAUGAGGAGCAGAUACGGCUGAUGGACGAGGUCUGCAUUGUGCUAGACGACAAUGACGUACCUAUCGGUAGCGCGAGCAAGAAAGUUUGCCAUCUCAUGUCGAACAUAGACCAAGGCCUCCUCCACCGCGCCUUCUCCGUCUUCCUCUUCGACUCCCAAAACCGCCUUCUCCUCCAGCAGCGCGCAACGGAGAAGAUCACAUUCCCGGAUAUGUGGACAAACACGUGCUGUUCGCAUCCGCUAGGCAUACCCGGAGAGACUGGUGUGGGUUUGGACGCGAGUAUACAGGGUGUCAAGCGUGCGGCGCAAAGGAAAUUGGAUCAAGAGCUGGGUAUCAAGGCGGAGGAUGUGCCGUUAGAAAACUUCAAGUUCUUGACGAGGAUACACUACAAGGCGCCCAGUGAUGGCAAGUGGGGCGAGCACGAGAUUGACUACAUCCUGUUUAUCCGCUCAGAUCCACGCUUGGAGCCGAAUCCGAACGAAGUGCGCGAUACCUGCUAUGUCUCUGAGCAGGAGCUGAAGGCGAUGUUCAAGGACGAUACCCUAACGUUCACGCCGUGGUUCAAGCUGAUCUGCGAGAGCAUGCUUUUCGAGUGGUGGGAACAUCUGGACAGUGGGCUUGAGAAGUAUAUGGGCGAGAAGGAAAUCAGGAGGAUGCUCGAUGUGCCCAAAGCGUUGGAUGCGCAGGAUGCUGGGCCGGCUGAUGUUGGGGCGCGGUAA